AUGUCCGGCAACCCCACCUCUCCCGGCCCCGAAGCAACGGCGGCGGCGGCGUCGACGGCGCCGGUUGAUAGCAGUAACAAGCGAGGAAGAAGGCGUCGUCUGAUCGGGGUAUCCACCAAAAUGUAUUUUUCCGCCUCUCGGACGGAAGCCUUCACCCGGUCCGUUGUCGAGCUUCUUUCCAGCCCUACGGAUACCCUAACCCUGGGUGAUGACGAUGUCGACAUCUUCAUCAUCCCCGACUUUGUCACCCUCACGUCUGUCAUUAGUAUCAUACGAUCUGCUCCUGAGGGGUCGGUGGCGAGAAGGAUAAAAGUAGGGGCGCAGGAUUGUUACUCUGAGGACUUUGGAGCUUAUACAGGGGAGGUUAGUCCUGCGGUUUUGGCUGAGGUUGGGGUGGAGUUUGUGGAAUUGGGGCAUGCGGAACGGAAGAGGUUGUUUGCGGAGAGUGAUGGGAGGGUUGGGGAGAAGGUUAGGGGGGUGGUGAGGAAUGGAAUGGUUCCGGUGAUAUGUGUUGGUGAGAUGAGGAAAGAUGGGGGGGUUGAAGGGGCGGUUGGGGAGGUGGUGAGGCAGGUUGAGGUUGUGCUAAAGGGGGUUGGGGAGGGGGAGGAGGUGGUGCUGGCUUAUGAGCCUGUUUGGGCUAUCGGGGGGAGGGAGCCAGCUGCGAAGGAGUAUGUUGAGGGGGUUGUGAGAGGGUUGAGGGAGUGGGAGGGGGUGAAAGGAAGGGGGGGGAGGGUGAGGGUUAUUUACGGGGGGGCGGCGGGACGGGGGUUGUGGGAGAGGUUGGGGGGGGAGGUGGAUGGGUUGUUUUUGGGGAGGUUUGGGCAUGAUGCUGGGGAGUUUGUCAAGUUGAUUCGGGAGGUUGCGGGGGGUGGUGGUGAGGGUGGUGAGUGA